AAAGGUGAGCAGGAUCUGUCCCCGCGCGCGGAAAACUCCUUUCACCACACUUUGCAUUGGAUUUCUUUUACUAGAUUAUCUUUUGGGAUUUUUUUCUGUUUUCUUUUUGCAGUGAGUCCAAGUUUUAUCCCAGACGGUCAACAGUAAGACUAAGAGCGCACACCGGCGCACCGGGAGCGCGUAAAUGACGCGUAAUGACAGCCGCCCACGGUGGUGAUUGUUGUUCAAGAGGAGUGGAUUUGAACUGAAAAGAACUGAUGGAGCUGGAGAGCCGUACCUCUGGGUGAAGUUCAGUUUGAUUCCUGAUGAUGGACGGCGGGAAGGCGCCGUGGACUUCCACACCUGACCUUGAGUCUUUUGGCAAAACGCGAGAGGAGAAAACGCAAGCAAACUGAUGAAAUCUGGGGAGUCUUCAGACAGCAGCGGUGCUAUGGGGAUCACAAAUGGUCACUCAAAAAGCAUCUUCAUUCUGUUCUUACUUAUUUUCACGCCGAAAGUGGAUUCAUCUUGGUGGUACAUCGGCGCUCUGGGCGCCAGAGUGAUUUGUGACAACAUUCCCGGUUUGGUGAACAAGCAGAGGCAGCUCUGCCAGAAGCACCCAGAUCUGAUGCAGUCCAUCAGCGAUGGAGCCAAAGAGUGGAUCAAAGAGUGCCAGCACCAGUUCAGGCAGCAGCGCUGGAACUGCAGCACGAUGGACCGGGACCACACUGUGUUUGGCAGGGUCAUCCUGCGCAGCAGUCAAGAGGCAGCAUUUGUGUACGCCAUCUCCUCGGCUGGAGUGGUCUAUGCUAUCACCAGAGCCUGCAGUCAGGGGGAGCUCAAGAUCUGCAGCUGCGACAGUCACAAGAGAGGGCUUGGAAGUGACAACAAUGGCGAAUUUGAAUGGGGUGGCUGCAGUGACAACAUCAACUUUGGCAUAAAAUUUGCUAAGGCCUUCGUGGAUGCAAGAGAAAAGAUGGUGAAAGACGCUCGCGCUCUCAUGAACCUGCAUAACAAUCGAUGUGGUCGAAUGGCAGUGAAGCGCUUUAUGAAGCUGAAGUGCAAGUGUCACGGGGUCAGUGGUUCCUGUUCUCUGAGAACCUGUUGGCUGGCUAUGUCUGACUUCAGGCUGACCGGAGACUAUCUUCACAAGAAGUAUAACAAUGCCAUCGAGGUGACGAUGAACCAGGACGGGACUGGCUUUAUGGUGGCCGACAAGGACUUCAAAGGAAGCACCAAGAAUGAAUUAGUCUAUGUUGAGAGCUCCCCUGAUUACUGUAUUAAGGACUCAAAGACAGGCACCUUGGGCACAGAUGGAAGGGAGUGCAACAAGUUCUCCAGAGGCCUGGACGGCUGUGAGGUCAUGUGCUGCGGACGAGGCUACGACACCAUGCCUGUCAAACGUGUCACCAGCUGUGACUGCAAGUUCAAGUGGUGCUGCUCCGUGGAGUGCAAAGUUUGCGAAGAUGUUGUGGAUGUCCACAUCUGCAAGCCCAGCAUGCGACCGGAGCAGAAGCUGUCAAGGAGACCUGGACAAAUCUCAGCAAGGCUGACUCAGUAACCGCUGCUCCCCUUGUCUGGGAUAUGUGGCUUCAUCAAUACUGGUUUUUGAUGCGUGCCUCAUCCUCAAGAGCAGAGACACUUGAAAGUUUCAUCCAGAAACUUUAUUGUGCGCCCACGGUGCUGCGCUGAAAAAUAUAUUUGUGGAGCAGGUUUCAAAUAUUCUGUAUAAACCAAUAAUAUGCCUUCGUGAAUGAAUUGAGUGUUUUUAUUUUACAGAACGUUUGAGUGUAAGCAAAAGGGAUUUUAAAGUAACAAUUUAAUCCAAUAGAAAGCAAAAAUAUGCAUUGUUUAAAAUAACUUAUUGUUUGGCAAUGUAAUAUAUCAAUAUUUAAACAUAAAAAGUUAAAUAAAACAACAAAAAUCAUGAGUUUGAAUGAAAAAAAACUUUAUAUAUAUUUUAAACAUUUUGAUUUAUGCAUAGUGUUAAAAGAAAGAGAACACCUGAACAUAAAAAGUUAGCUUUGUGCAAACUUUGUUCUGCUGCUUAAAGGAUUUUUGUACUGAAUGCUGACUAUUUGUAUUAGACUGAAUGGAUUUUGACUGUUGCAUCAUGGGAAACUUUCCUCUUUCUACCUCUCCAUUUCCUUACUUUUUUUUUGACACCUUAAAACAUUUGCUAAAGAUCAGCAAAAAAAAUAAUAAUAAACAGCAGGAUGUAAUGUUAUCAAACAGAUCAAAACAUGAAACUGCACUUUGAAUUAUCAAGGAAUCUUACAUUUUCUGUUUAAGGUGUUUCUGUUGCCAACUUUGACCUUAUCUGAUGGGCUUUAUCCUGACAUUGCAAAUGGAGCUUUAGUUUAUACUGCCUUGUCCUCACAAUAAAAUUCCACAGCCUGUUUCUUUCCCCGUCA